UUGCGGCAUGCCAUAAGAUGCUCCUGACGUCCGGAAAGUAGAUUCCUUUGGGAUAGCUUUCUACGACUAAUUCUGCCGCAGUUCGUUGCUGUUGGAAUUACUUGUUUGAGAUAUUUCUGUUACGCUGUUGAAUUGUCACUCAAGCGGUAGGAUGCCUUCUGUUGAGCAAGUUGGAGGUGACCAGGCGAAUAUGGGUAUAGUGGGCGGCCAUCCUGAUGCGAGGACGAGGCUGCGGGAGCCACUGUCGUACUCAGGGUCGUUAGACGACUUCAAACACCAAGACUUGACGCCGGUGAUUGGACGGGAGUUUGAAGGCCUUCAAGUGACCGACCUGUUGAAAUGGGGCGACGAGAGAAUCAGAGACCUCGCGGUUACAAUUUCGCAACGCGGAGUUGUCUUCCUUCGGGAUCAGAUUGUAUCGCCCACACAGAUGAAAGACUUGAUGCUGCGCCUCACUGAGUUGUCUGGAUGCCCCCAAUCCUCAACCCUACACAUCCAUCCCCUCACCGAGGAAGGCUCCGAACUCGGCGACCAAAUCUCCGUUAUCAGCAGCGAAAAGCAGAAAAAAGGUGGCGGCCUGACGCACCAACUCGCCGAUGUCUCGCGCUUCGCCUCGGCCGGGUGGCACACUGACAUAUCCUUCGAGAACGUGCCGUCCGACUACGCGAUGUUGAAAAUUCACACUCUACCCCCGACGGGCGGCGACACGAUGUGGGCCUCUGGAUACGAAAUUUACGAUCGUUUAAGCCCGGCGAUGCAGACGUUCCUUGAGGGACUGACGGCGACGCAUGAUGCGCGGUUCUUCUUAGAAGAGGCGGAACGGCUGGGGAAUCCGAUUUGGAAGGGUGUGAGAGGGAAUCCGUUGAACCAGGGCGACAAACUGAUGGCCGUUCACCCCGUGAUUCGGACAAAUCCCGUGACGGGCUGGAAAUCCGUCUACGUGAACAAAGGCUUUACUAAACGUCUGAACGGCGUCACAAAAGACGAGUCAGACCUCAUAUUGAACUAUCUCUUCAACAUUGUCACGCAGAACCAUGACGCUCAGGUACGCUUCAGGUGGCAGCAAAAUGAUCUCGCUAUUUGGGACAACAGAAGUACGUGGCAUUGCGCGACGUACGACUACACUGAUCCGCGAGCGGGCGAUCGGGUGUGCAGUGUAGGAGAAGCGCCGUAUUUAGAUGUGCGGAGUAAGAGCCGGAAGGAAGCGUUGGAGUUGUUGUAGCACGAUUCGUUGAGUGAAACUAUCCAAAGUGAGUGGCGUUGGGGAAUACAUCGUCAUCCUUCUUCUUCUUCCUUGUCACCAUACUGUCCAGCGUGCUUUGACUUGCUUCUCUCUUGUGUGCUGGUUUCUUGGGUGCGACUUUCUUCUC